CUCUCUCCAGAAGCUUUCCUCCAUUUUCACCUGCACGGUCUCCAUCCUAUGAACCUGAAACCCUAGGUUUUCAGUUUCAAUUUUCUCAUCAGAUCUGUGAAGGCCUUGAAUCCAAUAUCCAAUACCCUAGGAUUUACUUUUCUUUUCUGGUUGUUUGUUCUGUUAAAUGUGGUGCUGAUUUUCUGUGAAUUGGUGUAAAAUGGGGCAUUUGAAUCUGCCGUCGUCGAAGCGUAACGCGAGGCAGUAUCGGCUCUUGGACCUCGUGACGGCGUCGUUUUUCGGCAUUGUGAUUAUUUUUUUCCUUUUGGUGUUUACUCCUCUCGGUGACUCGUUGGCGGCCUCCGGCAGGCAGGCCUUGCUGCUUUCUACGGCGGAUCCGCGGCAGCGGCAGAGGCUGGUGGCGCUGGUGGAGGCGGGGCAGCAGCAGGCGAUCGAGGCUUGUCCGGCGGAGGAGGUGGAUCACAUGCCGUGCGAGGAUCCCAGGCGAAACAGUCAGCUCAGUAGGGAGAUGAAUUUCUAUCGGGAACGGCAGUGUCCGUUGCCCGCGGAGACCCCGCUGUGCUUGAUUCCUCCGCCUGAUGGGUACCAUAUUCCUGUUCGGUGGCCGGACAGCUUGCAUAAGAUCUGGCACAGCAACAUGCCACACAAUAAAAUUGCUGACAGGAAAGGUCACCAGGGAUGGAUGAAAGAAGAAGGCAUGUACUUCAUUUUCCCUGGGGGUGGCACAAUGUUCCCAGAUGGGGCAGAACAGUAUAUUGAGAAACUCUCACAGUACAUUCCUUUAACUGGUGGAGUUCUAAGGACGGCUCUUGAUAUGGGAUGUGGGGUUGCCAGUUUUGGGGGGUACUUACUAAAUCAAGGCAUUUUAACUUUCUCAUUUGCUCCUAGGGAUUCACACAAAGCACAGAUACAAUUUGCACUGGAAAGAGGAAUACCUGCACUUGUGGCAAUGCUUGGCACUCGUAGAUUGCCAUUUCCUUCAUUCUCAUUUGACUUGGUGCACUGCUCUCGAUGUUUGAUCCCUUUUACCGCUUAUAAUGCAACAUAUUUCCUUGAAGUGGAUCGGCUACUUCGACCAGGAGGGUACCUUGUAAUCUCUGGUCCCCCUGUACUGUGGCCUAAACAAGAUAAGGAAUGGGCAGAUCUCCAGGCAGUGGCAAGAGCAUUGUGUUAUGAGCUCAAGGCUGUGGAUGGAAACACUGCUAUCUGGAAAAAGCCUGCUGGGGAUUCAUGUCUCCCCAACCAAAAUGAGUUUGGGCUUGAAUUGUGUGAUGAAUCUGAUGAUUCAAGUUAUGCAUGGUACUUCAAGCUUAAGAAAUGUGUGACGAGGAUAUCCUCUGUCAAGGAUGACCAGGUUGUUGGGAUGAUACCAAACUGGCCAGACAGGCUAACAAAAGCUCCCUCUAGGGCAACACUUCUGAAGAAUGGAAUUGAUGUAUUUGAAGCUGAUACUCGGCGGUGGGCAAGGAGGGUUGCAUACUAUAAGAACUCAUUGAACUUGAAGCUGGGGACUGCAGCUAUACGCAAUGUUAUGGACAUGAAUGCAUUCUUUGGAGGUUUUGCAGCAGCACUCACGUCUGAUCCUGUGUGGGUGAUGAAUGUUGUUCCACCCCGCAAGCCAUCAACUCUGGGAGUCAUUUAUGACAGAGGUCUUAUUGGGGUCUACCAUGAUUGGUGCGAGCCAUUCUCAACAUACCCUCGGACUUAUGAUCUCAUCCAUGUAACUAGUAUCGAAUCAUUGAUAAAAAUUCUAGGUUCUGGCAAGAACAGGUGUAACCUUGUGGAUUUGAUGGUGGAAAUGGAUCGAAUAUUGCGUCCAGAAGGAACAGUUGUGAUUCGAGAUUCCCCUGAAGUCAUAGACAAAAUAGGUCGCAUAGCACAGGCUGUAAGGUGGACGGCAACCAUACAUGAGAAAGAACCCGAAUCUCAUGGAAGGGAAAAAAUCCUUGUUGCAACCAAAAACUUUUGGAAGCUACCUUCUGCAUCCCAUUGACAUAGCCUCCUGUUCUUUGUAAUGUAGGUAUUUCCCCCAUCUCAUCUUUUUUUCACCUUUAUUUAAAGCCAAGGUUUCAUCUCCAUGCAUCAAACGAUGCAAUUCCCUCUGUUAUUUUUAUUUAUAUUUUUCUUGUCCCUCGUUUGGUUUAUUUGUAGUAAGAGAUAAGUGGGAUCAGAGUCGGAGGAAAAGGUACAUAAAACUGGAAGGCUUGUGCAGUGAGUUUUGUAUUAGAAUACACACCCUUCUGCUUUAAGAUCAACUGUAAUAUGACAUUUUAUUUCUCUUCUUAUAAUCAACACAAGUGCUGCAUCAUCUUCAUUUACCUUCUUCA